GGCAGUCGCGAUUCGAACGCUCGUCGAAACCCAAGGUUGCGGCAAAUUGCUCCCGGCGUGUAUAUGCCUCCGACUAUAACGUUGCGUAAUUUUCGCGGUCUCUUCCCAUUCGAUCUGUCGAGAAGGCGCGCGUUAAAGAGCUCGCGAGGGAGAGAGGGGAGGGAGCGUAAUUCGAACAAACGAUUUCACACCCAAGGCCCAGCACGCUUCAGUCUCGUUCCCGCAUUCGAAUUCGAUCGACGGUGCUUCGGUUUGCUUCGGUGCGAGGAAGCUGUUUGUGGGGAACUUGUUAUAAAAGAGCGAAAGCGGUGUGGAUAACAUGAGGAGCGAAUCGAACGAUUCUUUCGAACAGUAAACCGCGAUCGGGACCCGGCGAUCUCUUAAAUCCACAAAAGCACUAAAAGGAGCUUAAAUCGUGAGGAAAUAUGGCGAACGACGGUUCCGUCGUGGCUGACAACUACGUUAUUCCAAAGCUCGACUCGCUGCUCAACAAAAAACUGGGAAAAGAUCUCGAGCUGAUAGAAUACACGGCGACGAGUCUCCUGCCACCGGGCGAGAAUUACGGAAGCUUGAUAUUGAAGGUCGACGCGAAAAUCAGAAUGGGCGAGAAGAGAGAAGAGAUUCGGGAGGUCAACCUCAUCGCGAAAAUCCCACCGCUGACGCAGCGACAGCGCGAUUUUUUUGACAGCCCGUACACCUUCGACAAAGAGAGGUUCAUGUACGAGGAGAUAUUACCGACGUACAGAAAGUUCGAGGAGGAUUGUGGGAUAAGCGACCUCUUCGACAUCGGCCCGGACUUCUACGGUUCGCGGUUGUCCCUCGUCGGCGAUGUGUUCGACGACGACGCGGUUAUACUGAUGGAAAACUUGAAAACGCGCGGUUAUUACACGGGCGACCGCUACUGCGGGCUCGACAUCGACCACGCCAGGUUGGCCGUUCAGGCCAUGGCGCGAUUCCACGCCCUCGGGAUAGCCAUUAAAACGAAGAGACAGGCUUUUUUCGAGGUGCUCAAGGUCCGCUCCAAGUGUUUGGAAAUGAAGAAUCCGGACGAGUGGAAGGACGGAAUGACCGAAAUGUACAAAAACAUCAAAGCGGACACGGUCCUCGCCGAGCACUACGACAAGUGCAUGAAAGCUUUCGAAGCCGGCUCGAAAAACGAGUGCUGGUUCGCGCCCCCCAUCGAGCCGUGGUCGACGAUAAUCCACGCGGACUUUUGGGUCAACAACAUCAUGUUUCACCGCGACGAAGAGACCGGCAAACCCGACGACGUCAAAUUCGUCGAUUUUCAAAACUACCUGUUCCUCAGUCCGACCCGAGAACUCGCUUUCUUCCUCGGUUCCGGGGUCAAAGACACCGUCGCCAAACGCGAAAUCGACCUCCUCAUCGAUCACUAUCACAACACCCUCGUCGAACGACUGAGCCUCAUGGGAUGCGACCCCGCACCGUACAGACGCCAGGCCUUCGAUCAACAGUUGUCCAAGGAUGCUUACGUCGAAUUCACACACUCCGUUUUCAUGCUCAAAAUCAUGACGAAAGAAGUCGACGUCGAUGAUCCCAACUCACGCAACGUUGCUGACGCCAUGCUCGAUUCGUGCUCCGAAUUAUUUUACGUUCGAUUGCGCGGACUCGUCAACGACUACAUCGAGCGAGGUUGGAUGUAGAAGAUCGAGAAACACUGCCGAACCGAUCGCAAUGAUUUUUCGUGUCGAGUUCGAUUCAUCGAGUAUCCAAUAAAAUGUGCAAAUUCUAUUGUUAAAUCGAUUGAGUGCGUACAGAAUUUCCGGGGGUUUUGCGCAAUGAAAAUUUGUAAUAUUUGUAAUUAUAUUUUUAUAUACG